AUGCAAUCAAAACCGGUUAUAUCUAUUAUUGUUGCUGCUUUGAAACCAUCUCUUGGUAUUGGAAACAAUGGGAAGAUGCCAUGGAGACUCCGUAAAGAGAUUAGAUAUUUCAAGGAUGUUACAUCGAAAACAACGGUUGAAAAUUCUCGAAACGCUGUGAUUAUGGGUAGAAAAACUUGGGAAUCAAUUCCCGUUAAAUUUAGACCCCUUCCUGAUAGAUUAAAUAUUAUUUUGUCAAGAUCUUAUGAGAACGAAAUCAUUGACGAGAACAUUAUCCAUGCCAAUUCAGUAGAAUCUUCAUUAUCUUUUAUGUCAAACAUCGAUCGAGUAUUUAUUAUUGGAGGUGCUGAAAUUUACAACGAUUUGAUUAACAACCCAUUGGUGACCCAAUUAUUGAUCACUGAAAUAGAACACUCUAACCCUGAAUCAGUUGAAAUGGACACAUUUUUGAAAUUCCCCUUGGAAAAAUGGACCAAACAACCAAAAUCAGAAUUACAAAAAUUUAUCGGUGAUGAAAUCACACUAGAAGAUAAUAUAAAUGAAGGUGACUUUACUUAUAAUUACACACUAUGGACAAGAAAAUAA